AUGAUCGUCCACAUGAGGACUCACUCCGGCGAGAAGCCCUACAGGUGUGACCAAUGCAUGAAGUGCUUCAGUCUGAAAGGCAACCUGAAUCGACACAUGAUGAAUCACUCUGGGGAGAAGCCCUACAGGUGUGACCAAUGCACGAAGUGUUUCAGUCGGACAAGCCACCUGAAGAUCCACAUGAGGACUCACUCCGGGGAGAAGCCCUACAAGUGUGACCAAUGCGGAAAGCGCUACAGUCACAGCUCCAACCUCAAGAUCCACAUGAGGAUUCACUCCGGGGAGAAGCCCUACAGGUGUGACCAAUGCAAGAAGUGCUUCUGUCAGAAAGGCCACCUGAAGAUCCACAUGAGGACUCACUCUGGGGAGAAGCCCUGCGUGUGUCUGCAGUGCAACGCCAGCUACAGCGACCCAAGCGGUUUGCGAGUGCACAUGCUCAAGCACACUUUGGCACGGGGUAACGGGACGCUUUGAUUGAGACCUCUGUCUGGUAUUGGUUUAAAUUACUGCUUUUAGUUUUUCUUUUCAUCACGAUUAAACGCUUUCAACCUUU